UUGCACUUUUCAGAGGUGCAGAUGAGACCCCAUAGACUCUGCAGGUUUCGGCCACUGCUAAACGAGGAGAAGGUCAGCUUAAGGAGAUCCUUCGGCAUCCCCACUAUAGUCGAACCUCGUUGACUAUGGUGUGUCCUGUGUUACGCGAGCCUGCCAGGCCUGUUAAGACAUGCUCACGGAGAGCUCGGUGAUAAUACGGAAUCAUGUCCCUGUCCUGAUCAGGAUGUGCUGUGCUCCCGGAACCUGGACAGGGCGGGGUUGGGAGGGGGGACUCUGAGGGGAGCAAUCUGGGUGCCGAGCCUGAGCCAGGCAUGCCAGGCGUGCCAGGCCCCGGUUACCCCGGAUUCUGUCGGACGGGAGCGGUGGAGUCGCCCCAGCGUGGCAUGUUACGCUACGCUACAGUUGGAUGUGUCGUUACCCCGCAGUGUCAAGGCUGAGGCGUGAAUGAUGUGACGGCCAGCGCGGAGUCCUUGAGAUGAAGGGGAAUGAGUGCUGUAACCCUCGAACUUGGAGCAUCUGCUCCCUUCGCAGGCAGAGUGAGUACCCAGGGCAUGCUUUGUCGCUGGCGACUGGCCCGCGGGAGACGGAAAGCAAGACAUGCUCAGCUGAGAAGGGCAGGGCAGGGCAGGGCAGGUCGGUGGCCCCCAAGGAGGGGCCGGUGCUGAUUUGCGCAGCUAUUUUGAUCGCGCCCGUCCGCCCUGAGCUGGAUCCCUGGCAAGAGACGAAUCCCGGCGGCCAGAAGGCGGUGCACCUGUGGCCUCGAGUCUGUUACAGAACGAGCUGUUGGUCGCAUGCCAUUAGUCCAUUAGAGUGUCCAUAGCCACACUAGUGCCCUGUUCGCCUGGGGAACCGAGAGGCCAUGUCGAGCGCUGGUACCUCCCCGCCCUCGCCCUGCCAGGGGGGCUACCAGCUGAUGACCGCGACGUCAUGUCUCGUGCUCUCUCUCUGUUUCGCCUGCCCCGAGAGGGGAGAGCUCCUGGGCAGCUUGUAACCCGUAGCAAGUCGUGCGAGUGACGAGUCCCUUUCCCCUCCCCGCACAAGCGGAUCCCUGAGUGCCUGUUACUGGGCGAGUGUCGUAUCGGAAACAAGGCUUGGAAACUUGGGGAAAUGGGUACCUCGCCAACUCGCCAGCUGCUGAGGUGUGGUCUGUCUGUCACAUGCGGGCAGGGCGACUGGGCAUCUGGGACGAGGAGGAGGAGGACGGCUUGGACGGAUGGAUGGCUGGGCCAUGGCUGGAUGGGCGACCGCCGACCGAUCCAGCAACCGUUGUCCCAGUCUCCUUGUCGCAAGCGCCGGACCUGUCCCACGCGAGAGAGGUUACGGGCUACGUCGCUGGCACACCAGCUCGUUAGGCCUGGCACAACAGUAUGCCCGCCGUAGACAAAAUGCGCGCUCCCCGCCUCGGGAAUUGGAGUUAUUAUGUGCCUGUUUGACUCCAACCUGCCCUUUUAUUAGUCGAAGCCGCCCACCCUCUUGACGGUUUCGUCGGCUUAGCCCCUUCUUUCUCCUCAGAAGAUCACUCACACUGCGUUCCAACCUCGACUUUUGGUGGUUUUCUUUUUCUCGGAUAUCCAUCAAACCAAUACUCGAUAUUCUCGGCUCUGGUGUUCUCUGCUCCGAGCGGUGUUAACGCCCACCCCCAGUCAAUCUCCGAGUCUCGGCACUCAGCCCUGAGCUACGGAAUCGCGUCAGCGGUCGGUCCCCCACCUUUGAUAGCACCCUUUCUCGAGUACCGUGGGCCAGCCCCGCGGAAAGCGGAAAGCGACAGGACGAGCCCGGAACAGUCCGGUGGCUGUUGCCGCUGUUUGGCACCGAAGAGGUCGGGUAGAGAAAAAAGUACGCCAUAGAAAAAGAGACCAGGGAUUUUGGAUCCGGGCCGCUGGAAUUGAAUUUUUUUUCAACCGACCUUCUCCUCGGCGUGUCCAGGCGUCGCAUAGAAACCGCCCACAAUCCACUUCAGAGGCGCAUUAGACUCAUUUUUCGUCAUUCCAAUACACCCCAUCGAUCAUGUCCAACACCAUCAAGCAGGCCGCCGAGGCAGCCAGGUCCAAGACCUCAGAAGUCAUGGGAAAGAACGUCCAGAGCGAGGGCGCAGCCGUGGCAAACGAUUUCCUGCACACACCCUACAUGAGGGCCGCGCUGCCCUUCAUCAACGGCGGCCUGAGUGGGAUGGUCGCAACCUCGGUCAUCCAGCCCGUCGACAUGGUCAAGGUGCGCAUCCAGCUGGCCGGCGAGGGUGUAGCAACGGGCCCCAAACCAACACCUCUCUCCGUCACCCGCGAGAUCAUCGCCAAGGGCAAGGUCCUUGAUCUGUACACCGGCCUGUCCGCUGGUCUGCUGCGACAAGCUGUCUACACGACCGCCCGUAUCGGCUUCUUCGACACCUUCAUGGGCCAGUUGACAGCUAGGGCAAAGGCCAAGGAACAGACGAUCGGCUUCGCGGAACGCGCCGCCGCAGGUCUCUCAGCUGGCGGCAUCGCAGCCAUGAUCGGCAACCCGGCGGACCUGGCGUUGAUCCGCAUGCAAAGCGACGGCCUGAAGCCUGUGGAUCAGCGCAAGAACUACAAGUCCGUCAUCGACGCCCUGUCCCGGAUCGCGAAGAGCGAGGGCGUCGCCGCCCUGUGGGCCGGAGCAACCCCGACGGUCGUGCGAGCGAUGGCGCUCAACUUUGGACAGCUCGCAUUCUUCAGCGAGGCCAAGUCGCAGCUCAAGACGCGCACAGAUUGGUCGCCGCGCGUGCAAACCCUGAGCGCCAGUGCCGUUGCCGGCUUCUUCGCAUCCUUCUUCUCCCUGCCCUUCGACUUCGUCAAGACACGGCUGCAGAAGCAGAGCAGGGGCCCCGACGGCAAGCUCCCAUACAAGAGCAUGGCCGACUGCUUCGUCAAGGUCUCCAAGCAGGAGGGUCUGCUGCGCUUCUACCGCGGCUUCGAAACCUACUAUGUCCGCAUUGCGCCGCACGCCAUGGUGACGCUCAUCGUGGCAGACUACCUCGGAUGGCUCACCAAGUAAACGAGGGCGUGGGACCCGGUCAUCUUAGGUGCGGCGUUCGGGCGGAUUUCUGCGUUUUUUCUCGGUUUGACAGUUUCCCUGGGUUGGCCUCGAGUUCACGCACUUACUGGUGUUCGCUCUUUCCAGCAAUGCCGACCUGGCGGCGUGCUUUGUUCGUUUCGUGACUGGCUUGAUAGUGAUUCCCGGAUGGCAAAUAAGUUAGAUCCAGUAUCUCAUAGGAACCACAGAUUAUUGAAUCGUUGCCAAUCA